AUGGUUGCAGCUACGCUUGGCCCUGUCGCCUCGGGUUUCAGUAUCUGCGCCUUGGGAUCUCAGUGGCGCCAAAAACUCGUCCCUGGCCAAAGUGUUGACGAUGCUAUAUUCAUUCAAGACCCUCCUUGGCUCACCAUUGUGAAUGCCAUCCAACUAGCCGUGGCCCUGGUCUCAAACGCUUUUCUUUUGCUGAAUAUGACUAAGAGAGUUCGCUUUAGUAUUGCUCAACCUAUCACAAUCAUUGGAUGGUACAUCUCUGCCAUAUGUCUACUAGCCCUCAAUGCCACCGCUGCCGGUCCUCUCGACGAUGACCUCGAUCUAACACAAGACUUCAUCUGGUCACAGGCUUUCUAUUACGGCAUGUGGGCCGCCAUUCUGUACUUUGUCGACGCCUCACUGAUGGUCGUGACGUUUUGGGGAGCCUCCUCAGGCCAUUACCCCAAGGACUUCAACCUCACUCGCAGCCAACGGACCCUCAUGCUUCAAACUAUCCUCUUUCUAAUGUACCUCCUGCUUGGAGCGCUGGUCUUUUCGGAGCUGGAAAGCUGGAGAUACCUAGACGCCGUUUACUGGGCCGACGUGACGCUUUUCACUGUUGGCUUUGGAGACCUUGCACCAAAGACAACACUGGGAUGCGCGCUGCUUAUCCCGUACGCUCUCAUUGGGGUUAUCAGCCUCGGUCUUGUGAUUAGCUCCAUUCGAAGCAUGAUACUCGAACGCGGAAGGCGUCGAUUGGAUGCUCGGAUGGAAGAGAAGAAUCGACGAAGAUUCAUUCGCACAAUGACAAAGAGUGGCCGCGAUGAUAUCCUGAACCCGAUUGACGACGACACAAUCUCAAACUGGGGCCCGGAAAAUUCUGACUUGCCUCAAAAUGAACUCGACCGCAGAAAAACUGAAUUCUUGCUGAUGCGAAAGAUCCAGCAGCAGGCCUCAAUCCGUAGAAAAUGGAUGGCAAUGGCAGUAUCUACCGGCGUGUGGAUUUUACUAUGGCUUGUGGGCGCAGUGAUCUUUGUCAGAGCUGAAAAGUCAUAUCAGAGCUGGAACUAUUUUGAUGGCGUUUACUUCUGCUUCAUCUCACUCAUGACUAUCGGUUAUGGAGAUCAUACACCGACCUCGAAUGCUGGCAAGUCAUUCUUCGUUUUCUGGUCAUUAUUAGCGCUGCCCACCAUGACGGUUCUUAUUUCCAACGCGGGCGACACCGUGGUCAAGUUUGUCAAGGACGCAACAAUUCGUAUCGGCACGAUUACAAUUCUUCCCGGCGAAGAAGGUUUCACGGGAAAUGCAAAGUACAUUGUUAAUCGCGUUUCGCUUGGCCGUCUCUUUCGCAGUGCAACCAUUGCGAUCCGGGAGCACGAAAGAGAAAGGCGAAUGCAUAAAAAGGCGGAAGACUGGACAGGUUUCGACCCCAAAGAUGUUAAGGACACGGAAAAACAACAGAAUGAAUCUGGCCAUAGCGGCGGCUCAGGUUCUCAGGAACAUCAGGCGGAUGAUGAGGAACGUCAAGGAAAGCACAAACUUUGCAAAAAAACCGAAAGUCCGCCGGGCCGUCCUUCUUUGGCCGAAGUACAGUCUCGGCUCGACACCCUCCCUACUGGCGCAGAACUACAUCUACUGCUCGUCAAGGAAAUUCAGACCGUGUCCCAACACCUUAGAGAGCCUGAGCCGCGUCGAUAUACAUUUGAAGAGUGGGCAUGGUUCUUGGCUCUAAUAGGAGAGGACGAACGGGACCCCCUAAAUCACCGAAGAGUGGUUCCUAAGACGAAACACAAACGGACACGCAGACACAGACACAAACACCACAACCGCCAUCGUGGCAAGGGCGUUGAAGCCCACGAUGUGCCUCGAGAUGCAGACGCUGAGACAAUUGGAGCCCCGCGACCAUCCCUGCAACCAGUAGCACCACUUCAACUCCCCGAUGCUGACGCCCGCGUCAAAUGGUCUUGGGUUGGUAAUCGUAGUCCUCUCAUGGGUGGACAGGAAGAAAGCGAAUGGAUUCUAGAUAAAUUGAUGGAACGACUGGAAGAAUGCCUUUGGGAAACGAAAAUGGACGAAGACAAUGCGAAUACGCCCUGA